GCUCUAACCAUAGAGGUGUCGACGUCUAGAGCGGCCCUGCAGGACUUCCUUUAAGAAGCAAAUGCAGUCACUCGUUUGCACUUCCGGUGUGCGCGAGGAGGGCGGAUCCGCGGAUUGCGCCAAAGAGACUUGAACGGUAUUGGCCGGCCCUCCGGAUGGCCCUCAACAAAUCUAUGCAUGAGAGGAAUAGGUACAAGAACAAACCUCCCGACUUCGGUUUUCUGGCAUCCAAGUAUCCAGAAUUUAAGCAGCACGUGCAAAUUAACUUGUCAGGAAGAGUGAGUGUAAAUUUCAAGGAUCCACAAGCAGUGAGAGCCCUGACAUGUACGUUGCUGAAAGAAGAUUUUGGACUUCAGAUUGAUAUACCAUUAGAAAGGCUUAUUCCAACUGUUCCCUUGAGACUUAACUAUAUCCACUGGGUUGAAGAUCUAAUUGCUCAGCAAGAUACUGCUACUAAAGGUUCUGUUACAUGGGGAAUAGACAUAGGUACUGGUGCAUCCUGUAUUUACCCAUUACUUGGUGCAACUUUGAAUGGAUGGUAUUUUAUUGCAACAGAAGUCGAUGAUGUGUGUUUCAGCUAUGCCAAGAAAAAUGUAGAGCAAAAUAACUUAUCUGAUCUUAUAAAAGUGGUUAAAGUACCACAAAAAACACUACUCCUGGAUGCCUUAGAAGAAGAGUCUGAAGUUAUUUAUGACUUCUGUAUGUGCAACCCUCCAUUUUUUGCCAACCAACUAGAAGCAAAGGGAGUAAAUUCUCGUAAUCCUAGAAGGCCACCUCCUAGUUCAGUCAAUACAGGAGGCAUAACUGAGAUCAUGGCUGAAGGAGGAGAGCUAGAAUUUGUCAAGAGAAUCAUUCAUGAUAGCUUGCAACUUAAAAAAAGAUUACGGUGGUAUAGUUGUAUGUUGGGAAAGAAAUGCAGUUUAGCACCAUUGAAAGAAGAACUACGAAUCCAUGGAGUUCCUAAAGUCACCCAUACUGAAUUCUGCCAAGGUCGUACGAUGCGAUGGGCCCUGGCUUGGAGCUUCUAUGAAAAUGUCAAAGUUCCAUCACCUCCUUCUAAGAAAAGGAAACUAGAAAAACCUCGGAAACCAAUCACAUUUCUCGUCUUGGCAUCUACAGCCAAAGAGUUAGGUAUGAAAGCGUCAUCUGUAGGAAUCAAUGCUGUUGAAGGAUUAGAAGUUGUUGCAGCAUGGAUUAGAAAACUACUCACUGACCUGAAGGUUCAUCAUAAAACACUUCCGUGUGGAAAAGAUGAGGUCAGCUUGUUUCUAACAGCUGUGGAAAAUUCCUGGAUUCAUUUAAGGAGAAAAAAGAGGGACAGAGUCAGACAACUGCGUGAACUCCCUCGAGCAUCUGAAGAUUUCCUGCAAUCAGCAGAAGAAAAGAAUCAGAAAACAUCCUGUAACAUCUCUGAGUGUGAAGAAAAUGCAAAUGGGUCUACUGAAAAAUCAUCUGAGGUACUUUGUCUUGAUGUUGAGUCAUCAGAGGGUAAUGGACUUGAUAAUGUAUCUGCAAGUCAGGAGAAAAAUAUCCAGGGAUCCACUGAGGAAAGCAACAGCACAGAGAAACCAUCCUUUACUUCAGAAUCCAAAGAUAUUUCCAGUAAUCAAAAUGAAGGGACCAAUACUUUUUCUUAUGAAAGCCUGCCUCUUGAACUUGGACAGAAUGAUCACACUUCAGGGGAAUGGUUCCUUUUCAAAUGUGUGUUAAUUGUGAAGAAAGAAGGUCCUGAUAUUUUAAUAGAAAUGCACUGGAUUAAUGGACAGAACAGAGACUUAAUGAAUCAACUGUGCACUUACCUAAAGAAUCAGAUGUUUCGUUUGAUCACAAUUUAAAGACAUAUGGAUGUAUGGAAGAAUUAUCCUUAUUUUUGUAAUCUUGCUUUUGUAUUUAAUACCCUGUUUCCCCGAAAAUAAGCUCUAGCAUGUUUUACAUGUACGCCUAAUAUAAACCCUACCCCCAAAAUAAGCCUUACUUAAGAACCGGUGCAGCUGCCAAUUCCUUCUAGUUGCUCAUGGUGUGAUGGCCACAAGGUAAGAUGGGGUGGUCGAGCUGCCCCAUGUGCCCUGCACCAACUUAUCUCAGGGCCCCCGCAGCCAGAUCAUCCAUGCCCUAACACCUGCCUUGCAGCAGCAGCAACCACCAUGUUGUUGUGGCUUGCCACCAGCCCCUCCAUCAGAUGAGGAAGAGGCAUGGGAGUCAGGGCCAGUGUCAAGGCAAUCUGAGAGCUCCAAGGGGAAAGAGGGAAUAGAGCUGUCAGAGAUAGAGGCAGAGGCAGAGCCUGGGCCAUCCAUCAGCCCUCAGAUGGAGAGGCCACAGCCCCCAGGUCUAGAGGUAGCUGAUGAGGAAGAGGAAAAGCUGGGUUCAGUGCCUGAUACGUGGAUGCGCAGAGGAGAAGAGAGCAGCAAGAAUCAAUGGGCAGAUCCUUGGGACAGAAGAGCCACUGCUGCUAGAUAAGCCCCACCCUGGCUCUGGGGAUAAAAGGCAGGGGGUGGAGAUGAAUAGGUGUGGCAUUCAUCUCCCUUGGUCAACCACUGACUUUUGAAUCGGUGGUGCUGAGAUACAGGCUUGCCUUCUGAGUGUCGCUCUCUCUUGCUCUCUCUCUCGCUGCUGCUGCUGCUAAAAAGCUAGCACACCUUCCAGGACUUCAUGUGUGAGCAUGAAGAGAGAGAGAGAGACAGACUCCUGGUGUGUGGGACCAUUUCAGGAGGAAAGGGAGCGAGCUCCGCUUUCCACAGGCAUUGAAAGACUUGUUAGCCUGUAUCUCCAUUUCUCCUACUUUGCGGCAGCGGCACUAACACACCACAUGACCUCCUGUCCCACUGCGAGCAAGCAGAAGUGGGCCUCCUGUACAUGGGGGAAAAAAUAAGACACCCCCUGAAAAUAAGUCCUUGUGCUUAUUUUGGGACAAAAGAAAAUAAGACCAGGUCUUAUUUUGGGGGAAACAUGGGUAGCAUUCACAAUAGCACCUCUUAAAGGUAAAGGUUCUAAAAACUUCUGAAAUUUGAGGCAUUUAUGAUUAGCUAAAACAAAAAAUGAAUUUUGCUUACUUUCUACUGGAAUAAUUCAGAUUUAUGUUAUAACUGUAUUUUUCUUACUGAUUUCAGUGACUCAUAAAUGUAACUAGUUCAAUUGGAAUCAUUUUCCCUGUAAUCAUCACCUUUGUCUAAUGGAAUUAGUAUUUUUUGUUUCAGCUUACACAUUGAAAGAGCAGCACUGUAAUAUUAAAAAAUGUAAAAAAUU